GUACCAGCCUGGUACUGCAGUAGUGCCUGGCGAUGGAAGCGCCUGUCGCCCUGUGAGGCCCAACCAGAGCUCCCGCUCCGCCGGGUUUUGAGGCUCAAGACGCACGCGAGAGCGCCUAGCACCCCUCGGGGGCCUGUCGCCGCCCGUCGCCUUCGCCACUAACCCCGGCCUUCGCGACGACAGCGAACCCCGAAGCCCACCCAUUCAUUGAGCCCCGGUGACGUCCCCCGAGGUACAUUAGGCAGGUACCCUCCGGUCAGCCGCCUCACCACCACCAUUCUUCGUCUCACAUCUUUCUCUUUGUCGGCUUCGCCAACCACUUUCGCCUAGUCCUUUUGCCUCAUCAUCAUCUACGUUUCUCCCCUUUUACUUGUUCAUUCUUAAUCCGGCGCAGUAUUUUUUUCACUUCAACAAAACUAUUCUCACUCUACAAACGCGCAGGCAGAGGCUCGUCGCGACAAACACCAUGGAGCUCUCCCACGUCAGGCGAGCCAUCGCCAGCGCCGUCGGCUCCGGCGGCGGCGGCGACGGCAACGUGCCCAGCUACGACAUCCCCAACUGGACGAUCCUCGUCUUCCUCAUCGACCUCGUCAUUCUCAUCCCCGUCUUCUUCAUUUUCGACUACAGCUUCAAGACCGUCUUCCCCGUCUUCGCCAUGGUCGAGGACGAGAACCCCCCGGCGUACGAGCCCCUCUCCCUCAACCACGAUGCCAACGCCGACGACAUCGAGCCCGAGGCCCAACAGCAGGGCGGCCGCAAGCCCUCCGCCGUCAACGGUCAGUCGCGCACCGUCACCUCGUCCCUCCGCGCCGUGAACCGCCUGCUCCUCGCCCACGGCGGCUUCCGCGCCUACUUCCGCGGCUUCUUCUGCCUCGUCGCCCAGGGCCUCGCCACCUCGGUCCUCAUGGGCCUCUUCUCCGCCGUCCUCGGCGGCUUCUUCACCCCCGUCGCCACCCUGCUCGCCAGCCUCGCCCUCGUCCAGCUCAGCACGGCCUGGGUCCACAUCGUCAUCUCCCUCCCCUCGAGGCGCCACUUCUGGAGCCGCCUCCCGCCCUUCAAGCGUGCCUUCGACGCCACCUGGAAGCCCGUCGCCCUGUACUGGCUCGCCGCCGAGGUCACCCGCUGGCUGCCCCUCGGCCUCGCCUUCGCCUUGCGCCUCAGGAUCCCCAGCUUCGACAACAAUGGAAACAUGGAGCUCGACGGCCUCGACGCCGCCUGGUUUGUCAAGGGUGCCGCCAUCCUCGUUUUCACCAUCUUCGCCUCCGUCUUCCUCGUCAUCCCGGCCAGGGUCAUUCUCGUCCGCGUCCAGGCCUCGCUGCUCCCCGUCGAGGAGGACACCGUCAUCCCCUUUGACCGCUCCUUCGAGGGCAAGGUCGAGCCCGCCAUCGUCGGUGGCAAGGGCUACGUCUCCGUCGCCGACGCCUGGGGGACGUUCAGCAGGGCCGCCUGGCGCCGCCUCCUCGUUCUCUACGUCAAGGUCUUCCUCGCCAGCAUGGCCGGUCUGCUCAUCACCGCGGCCCUGAUCGCUCCUCAGAUUGUCGUCAUCGCCAAGAAGACGGAGCGCGUCAACUGAGGUAUUCCAUCGACCCUGAAUCGAGAGACUCUCUCCAGAAAACGACGGCCCGAGACACUUCCGUUCGCUCGCCGGUUGGCACCCCGCGUCGAUGGACCUAGGUGUCUAGGUUCUCACUCUGAACACCCCUCACACAGACCUCUCUAUUUGCGGUUACUCCGCUCCCACUUGCAUUCCGCGGGAUAAUGAAUUGAUUUUUUUGGCAUGUUUCUUUUGGAUCUCUACCUCGGCUCUCAGUAUGGCAUAGAUGGAAUGUAGCAGCAAGCAAGCAAGCCGAGCCCAAAUGCUCUUCAAGAACCUAAACAAUGGCAAUUACACAUCACUGAUUCUGCC